ACGACCGCAAGAGCCUCGGUCUGAGCCUCGGUUAACACGCGCAGAACUUGCACAGAAACUUACCCCCAGCUUGCGGUCGAGACUGUGCCGCAUUAGCCCCUGCUUCUCUGACACAACCCCAUUCACUCGUUGUCCCACUCAACCUUCUUGCCGAGCGGUAAAGAAACCAGCAGGACUCCGACCCCCAUCAGCUCGUCAAAGUGGUGUCCCGACACAGUCUAAAGAAAACAGGAACCUUACAACAUGGGUGACCACCAAGAUUCCACAGAAGAUCUCGCGCCUACCGCGACCACUGGGUACAAGGCUCCCGAGAAGAAGACCGUUGAGGAGCUUGCAAACCUCGACGCUCAGGAUGAGUCUCUGAAGAAGUGGAAAGAAAGCUUGGGUCUCAAAGCAGCCGUUGGACCUUCCGACGAUCCGCGAAAGGUGGUUGUCCUGGCGUUAGGCAUGGAGAGCCCUGGACGACCAGAUGUUACUGUCGACUUGUCUACACCUGCUGCAAUCGCCCAGCUGAAGGACCAGAAGAUGACAAUCAAGGAAGGUGUCGAGUACAGGCUGAAGGUCACCUUCAAGGUCCAGCACGAUGUCGUCUCUGGGUUGAAGUACCUGCACGUCGUCAAGCGCAAGGGAAUCAAGGUGGAUAAGAUGGAGGAAAUGCUCGGCUCUUAUGGACCUGCAACGGAACCUUACGAGAAGAAGUUCCUGGCUGAGGAAGCCCCUAGCGGCAUGCUUGCCCGUGGCCACUACGAAGUGAAAAGCAGAUUCAUCGACGACGAUGGCACAGCUCAUCUUGAAUGGGCAUGGUCUUUCGACAUUAAGAAGGAAUGGGACUAGCUACAAAGACUCUCUGUUUCCUCUGACUCCUCAACCCCACACUCGUGAACACCCUUAUUCCAUAUGAAUA